AUGGACAAUCGAGGGAAAGUCACGGCCACUAUUCUGACAAGCAGACUGGAUCUACGCUCACCGUCAAGUGAAGGUCACACUCAUUCUAGAAUACUUCGGCAGGAUAACACCAUUGAUUUGGUCCGCAUGGCACAAGCAGCUCUGAGGGUAAACGACAUCCACACUCAUGAUGAGGGCAUGGAUCCCGAUCAACCUGCACUAUCGACUGUUCCGUCGACACCACCUCCGACAGACUCUGUUUCAACAAGCAGUGCACCAUAUCGACAGUCUACUGCAAAUCAAUCCACCAAUCAAGCCAACAAACAUCCCGUCGAGGAACGCAAACUGGCCAUAUCAGAAGGGGGAAUAGCCGUUGAACCGAUGGGCAUAUAUCGCGGUGAAGAAAACAACCACACAUCGUAUUCAGUCAUUCCUCGAAGCAACGACUGUGCUAUAUCGCCAUUGGACGCGGACGAGGAUGAGGGUAUGUUGCUCGAUUCGCCGGAAACCACCCAGAGAGAUGCGCCGGGCCCCUCGACGAUAACAGAAAAUACUCAGGAAAGUGAGAGCCUCAGUCUUUUAUUGAAGCGCAAUAGUCGGCCCUCUGUUUUGCAACUCUCGCUCACAUCAUCUCACCAAUAUGCAGACGCAUCUUCCAUCGUUCUGGGCUCAUUAUCAACCUUCAUGGAGACUCGGGGAGUCAGCCAGCCUGAAAGCCCCGUCAGCAGUCCAUACUUUUCCCAAACGAAAAACGAUAACCGGCACAAGGCAUCUACACCUGAAUGCCCACCGAUUAAGACUAUCUCAAACGAAACUUACUCUCAAGGAUCUCUUCAGGUCAUACAUGAGAGCCCGUCCCCAGAAAAUAUUCUACAGGGAGACCAAGCCUCAGCUCCUGCAUUGCUUUUCCUAUCAUCCAGUCUUCUCAAAACCCACACUCGGCUCAUACACCAUCUCGAAACAAGAACCCCGGCCCCCAGAAUCCUCUACAGAGAAUAUACAGCGAUCCCACUACCAAAACCACCCAUCCAAACCACUCGGCAAACUCACAACAUCCCACCGGAAGCAGACGUGAUCAUCUCCCCAACCACAGGAAUCAUCCUAACAACUUCCCAAGCCGUGACCCAGCUCUACCUUCCCGGCCACAAACCAAACCACCCGCUCAUCACAGCAAUAAAAGCGAUCAACUCUCCACUACGCGAGCGUAUCUUCCGUCUUCUUCCCCGCUACGAGCGUCUCUACGUUCUCAUCAGCCACACCGGAACGGCAAUCCACACAGAGGGAAACACGCACCCACUGACAAAGAUAGAUGUGCGGACUCUGCAGGGAAUCUCUUCCCUUUCCGGAUUCUGUGCAUCGUUCUCGAAAGAAACCACCGUCGUCCCGCUGCUGGUCCAGUCUUCGCCGGAGAUAGUGGCAGAGUGGAUUCUCGGUCUGGCUGCCAAACACCGUGCACCAGUAUCCAGUACAGAAACACAGACGCAGUUGCUCAACAACGUGAUUCCAGAGGGACUGCAUUAUGUCCACGAUCAAGAAAGUCGCUGGGAGAUCUUCCUCCGGCAGAUCGGACUCAAUCCAUUCGCUGCGCGAGCCGUGCUGGACAUGGAUACGAAGCAUUCAGCGCCGGAGGACGCUUACGGUGAUACUACCAUCAGCGUCCUUGACUCGAGAGAGAUGGAGCCAAUCCCCUUCGCUGCGUUUAUCGAGAUGUCCUCUGAGCGUCGGAUCGCGCGUUUCGGAUGGUUGAUUGGAUGUCGGGUGCUCAAGAGAGUUGAGACUGCUGUUGAACCUUUGUGA